CUUUUAGUCCACCUACAUUAAGACUUUGAAAACGAAAUUUAUGUGUUUAAACUAAUGCUAAAAUUGCUAGUACGACUCAACUGAAUACUGCUGGCCAUUAUCUCAACAGUCCUGAUCUGAAAGAUGUCGAAUCACGAUCAUCAUCAUCUCGACCCUGGCGGACAUGGCCCCGGCCCGAGCGAGAGGCGACAGUCCAUCUUCCCGGGAGGUGCAGGCAGGCUUCGUAUACAACGCAAGAGUGUGGUUGGGGCACUGCAGGCGGAAACUCUAAAGGAAAAACAGGCACGAGCAAGAGAGGCAAGAGAAAUGCGCAGAAUCCGGAUAUCUCCCACUCACAAGUACUUGCUUGGCAUGGUAGGGAGUUAUCUUGAUAUGGACCUAGCUUCUGUUGAGGAAUUCAUCUUGGAUUCUGUCAAGCAAUUAGACUUGAUGGACCAUUUUCUUGAGGCAGGUGGUUCCAAGGCUCUAAUGUUCUUUCUUCAAGAUUCUGAUCCUCCAGGACAUGAAUCGGGGCGCAUUGUAUCAGUACCCAAAGGAUCCAAGAUGCAGCGCCUGUUUAUCACCAACGGCAAAGAGGAAGGUCUCACAGGGAAAUGCAUCUACUUCCUGCGCACAACAUCACAAGCACUCACGAUCAAGAAUGUCCAUGACGAAGUAAACUUCGGAGCUUUGGACACAAAUCAUUCAGGGAAGCUGACUAUCCUCCCUGCUGCCAAACAAGCCCUGAACACUGUAUUCAAACCAGCAUUGAAUGCAUUAACAAGCUGGGGAGCUCUGAGUGAGACACCUCAUGGAAAGAAAACAAAGAAGAACUUCUGUGACUCCUAUGAAAACUUCAUACACUUUCUGGAUGGAGCCCAAAUAAAUGUAUCUGGAGCAGUCAAACUGUGUCCUUGUGAAGAAGUUGAGAUUGACAAUAUACAAACAGCUGCUGAUUGCAUGGGAGCUUCCACUAAUCCAGAGAUUGUUGAAGCCUUUGAAAAUCUUGUUCAUGCUUGGUGCAAGGAGAUCGAACAGGUGAUAGCUGAGAGUGAACAGAUGCGAAAAGAGGCUGAUGAUACUGGUCCGUUGGCUGAGUUAGAGCACUGGCGAUUCCUGAUGGCUCGUUUCCAUUCUAUCUUGGAUCAAAUCAAGAGCCAUCAUUGCAGGACUGUCAUCAAGGUUCUUCAUGCUGCCAAGAGCAAGACUCUUAAGCAAUGGAGAGAACUUGACUGUCGCAUUACUGAUGCAGCAAAUGAAGCCAAGGACAAUGUGAAAUAUCUCUAUACUCUGGAGAAGUUUUGUGAACCCCUGUAUCACUCUGAUCCAAUUGGAAUGGUAGAAUGCAUACCUAGUCUCAUCAAUGCUAUUAGAAUGAUUCACAGCAUCUCAAGAUAUUACAACACAUCUGCUCGCAUGACCUCCCUCUUCAUCAAGGUAACUAACCAAAUGGUGACUGCGUGCAAGAACUACAUCACUGAUGAUGGUAUGUCACGCAUAUGGGAUCAGUCCUACAAGACACUGAUAGACAAACUACAAGUCUCUGUCAAGCUCUACAAGGAGUACCAGACCUGCUUCCAUAAGGCUAAGAAGAAGAUUGAAGAGAUUCCAGAGGAGAGACCAUUUGACUUCUCGGAGAUGUACAUCUUUGGGAAGUUUGAUGCGUUCUGCAAGCGCAUUGACAAGAUUAUUCAGAUGCUGACUACCAUAGAGACAUAUUCUGUUCUGACCACUUCCCGUAUCGAAGGCAUUGAGCCCAUGUGUGCCAAGUUUCAGACCAUCUUCGCCAAUGUGAAGAAGAAGCCAUAUGAUAUUCUUGAUCAUCGUAAGAUAGACUUCGAUACAGAUUUCGAGGAUUUCAAGAGUGCUAUCUAUGAUCUUGAGUACAUGUUACAAGGCUUCCUAGACACAUCCUUUGAGAAGAUUCCAACUGCUGCCCAAGCUCUUACACUUCUUGGAAGAUUUCAACGUUUAAACUUCCCUUGCCUGAACAUUGAUGAGAAGUAUGCUGUUGUCCUGCAUCACUUUGGAUCAGAAAUUGAAGGAAUUAAGAAGUUGUACAACAAACACAAAGAUGACCCACCCAUCCCAAGAGACAUGCCUCCUGUAGCUGGUAAGAUUUCUUGGGCCAGACAGCUCUUCAGAAAAAUCCAGGAACCUAUGGACAUUAUCAAGGAUGUUGCAUCGGUAAUGAAAGGAGUAGAAGCAAAGAAGAUUGUUCGCAACUACAAUCGUACAGCCACUGUCCUGAUGGAAUUUGAGAUUCGUUACCACAGGGCUUGGAUUGAUCAAAUUGAAGCAAUUAAAUCAGGAUUGAGAGCAACAUUGCUGAUCAGGCACCCAGAGACAGGUCAGUUGAUGGUGAACUUUGAUCCCCUUCUCUACCAGAUCAUCCGAGAAUCGGUCUGUAUGAUCAAGCUUGGACUGGAUGUGCCUGAGGCAGCUCUCGUCAUUGUCAUGGGCCAGGAUCAACUGAAGGAUAAUGUCAAUUCUCUGAAGGCUAUUCUUGAGGAGAAUGCUGCAGUAAGGGCCAAAAUAAGCCCCAUCUUCCAGCAACUCAUGAUGUCCCACACUAGGAAAGUGGACGUUGCAAUCCAGCCGGGACUGACCAUGUUGACUUGGACUUCUCUCAACCUUGAUGCUUACUUCAUGAGCAUCAAGGAAGCACUGAGGAACCUAUCCCUGCUCAUCAAACAGGUGAAUGACAUUCGAGAAGCUCGCAUUGAUUCAGGUUUGAACACCAUUGCCAAUACCUCCCUUGUGGAGUUGCCUACAGAACAACCAUGGACAGCAGAGGAGUUUGUCUCUAAAACACAGACUGCCUGUGAGCAGAAGGCACUGUUGUUGGAUAAAGUCAGCAUGCGGGUUGAGGAGGCUGUCACUGAGUUGGUGGAGAUCUUCAUUGAACAAGCACAUAGAGUGUCAAAUUCUAUCAAACAAGGCAUCAGUGACAAAGAUGAUACUGCAGAGGGGAGUGAAGACACAUCUGAAGCAACAGAGUCUGAGAUGAGUCUUGCUACCUCAGAAAGCAUUGAAGAAGAGCAGCUCUUACAAGAGGAAUGCCAGGAGUUGGUGCUUCACUUCAAUCAUCGCAUCCUUGAAGCAUUACUCAAAGCUACAAGAAAUGCCCUAGAUUCCAUCAAGAAAAGGGUAUUCUUCUCAACGCCCAUGGGAAGAGGAGGAUAUGGAAAGAAGGCCAAUAUGAGGAAAAGGGAAGCAUUCUUCAAAGUCAAUGUAGCUCUAGCAAUUCCAAAUGUGGUUCAGCAACCAAGUCUGGAGGAUGUCCAGAGUGCACUGAAUAAAGCCACAUCUUGUGUUCUUGAGGUCAGCCGUGGUGUAGCUCAGUGGGGUCAGAAGAGAACUAGACCUGCUGUUCAGGCAUCCGUAACAUUUGAGGAACCUGGCAAACACAGACAUGGUGUUCACUCAGCUCCAAAAGUGGAGUUGAUCCCACCCCAGAAGCUGAGAAACUACUACAAAAGUAUUGCUGACCAUAAAGACAUCCAGAAGCUGCAGAUGAUGCUGAGUAAUGCUAUUGGUCAAUCCAAACCCAAGAUUCAAGAAGCACUUGUUAUCUUCUCUGGUUACCAGUACUUGUGGGAGGGAGACAGGGAGGAGAGUGUCAAGAAUUUCAUCCAGACAGAACCAAUCCUUUCUGAAUGGAAACAAGAGAUUUUGAGUUAUCAGGAAUUGGAAUCUCAAAUUGAGGAGAUUGACCCAACAAUACAAGUUGGUGCUAUCCUACUUUACACAGAACCAAUUCGCAUUUCUCUCACCGUGGAAGCGCGUGCAUGGAAGCUGCUGCUUGGUCGCAGUCUCAACAAGGAGUACUGUGCCAAGAUGGACGAGAUCAACAACUUUGUGAGUGAUUAUUCCAAGAGACUUAGUCGGCCUAUCAAGGAUCUAGAUGAUGUCCGCAAUGCAAUGGCUGCCCUUGAAAUGAUACGUCAACAGGAUAUCCGUAUUGACAUGACCUUGGGACCGAUUGAGGAAGCGUAUUCCAUGCUUCAGAAGUUCCAGGUUUCAGUGCCUAGAGAAGAAGCCAACCGAGUGGACAGUCUUAGAUACUCCUUCCAGAAACUUAGCAGACAGGCUUCUUCUGUGCAAGCAAAUCUGGUGAAGAUCCAGCCUGAAUUCAAGGGAGAGCUUCUAACUGCUGUAGAAACCUUCCACGUUGACAGUAUGUCAUUUGAUGUAGACUAUGAAGAGAGUGGCCCGAUGGAGCAAGGUAUCUCACCAGAAGAAGCCAAUGUUCGACUCCAAGUCUUCCAGACAAGAUUUGAUGACCUAUGGCGUAGAUACAACACCUACUCGGCAGGAGAGCAGCUGUUUGGUCUCCCUGUGACUGACUAUCCAACCCUGAUGAAGACCAAGAAAGAACUCAAUCUCCUACAGAAGCUCUAUGGUCUCUACAAUGAUGUCAUUGAAAGGGUCAAUGGUUACUAUGACAUCCUCUGGAGUGAGGUGGAUAUUGAUGCCAUCAAUCAAGAACUCAUCGACUUUCAGAACAGAUGCCGCAAACUUCCCAAGGGUCUAAAAGAAUGGCAGGCUUUCCUUGACCUGAAGAAAACCAUCGAUGACUUCAAUGAAACCUGUCCUCUGCUUGAACUCAUGGCCAACAAAGCCAUGAAAGACCGUCACUGGGAACGUAUCACCAAUGUCACUGGACACAAGUUUGAAAUUGACUCGGAUUCAUUCUGUCUGCGUAACAUCAUGGAAGCCCCACUGCUACGUAGCAAAGAGGAUAUUGAGGAUAUCUGCAUCUCAGCAGUCAAAGAGAAGGACAUUGAAGCUAAACUCGCUCAAGUUGUCAGUGACUGGAACACCCAAGCCCUUUCCUUUGCCAACUUCAAGGCGAGAGGAGAGCUGCUGCUUAAAGGAGCUGAGACGUCUGAGAUAGUAGCAUUGAUGGAGGACAGUCUUAUGGUCCUUGGCUCACUCCUCAGCAAUAGAUACAAUGCUCCUUUCAAGAAAAACAUCCAGAACUGGGUCCAGAAGCUUUCUAACUCCUCUGACAUCAUUGAGAACUGGAUGACAACUCAGAACCUAUGGGUUUACCUUGAGGCUGUAUUUGUAGGUGGUGACAUUGCCAAACAACUUCCUCAGGAAGCCAAACGUUUCUCCAACAUUGACAAAUCUUGGGUGAAGAUCAUGCAACGAGCUCAUGAGAAUGACAAUGUGAUCCAAUGCUGUGUUGGAGAUGAGACCCUCGGUCAGCUUCUUCCUCAUCUUCUAGAACAGCUGGAGAUAUGUCAGAAGUCACUCACAGGCUACCUAGAGAAGAAGAGAUUGGUGUUUCCCAGGUUCUUCUUUGUGUCUGACCCAGCUCUGCUUGAAAUCCUUGGACAGGCUAGUGACUCACACACUAUCCAGGCUCAUCUUCUUGGAGUAUUUGAGAAUGUGAAUGAGGUUGAAUUCCAUGAGAAAGACUAUGAUCGCAUUAUGUCUUGCAUCUCAAAGGAAGGAGAAGUCAUCCCUCUUGAGAAACCUGUAAUUGCAAAAGGAAAUGUAGAGACCUGGCUAGGAGAACUGUUGGAUAAUCAGAUGAGAUCGCUUCAUGGCAUUAUCAGAGAUGCUUCCAGGGUUAUCAACGACUCCAGUUUUGAACUACUCUCAUUCCUCAAUACUUACAUUGCACAGGUUGGUCUACUGGGCAUUCAAAUGUUGUGGACAAGGGAUGCAGAAGAUGCCUUGAGCAUGGCAAGAGCAGACAAGAAGAUCAUGCCUGCAACCAAUGUCCGCUUCUUGGAGCUUCUGAACUGCCUUAUUGAACAAACCACCCAUGAUCUUACCAAGGUGGAAAGAAUCAAGUACGAGACUCUUGUCACCAUUCAUGUUCAUCAGAGAGAUAUCUUCAAUGAUUUGGUGGCCAUGCACAUCCGCAAUGUGAAUGACUUUGAAUGGUUGAAGCAGGCUCGAUUCUACUUCAAAGAGGAUACAGAUCAGUGUAUUGUGUCUAUCACUGAUGUUGAUUUCAUCUAUCAGAAUGAAUUCUUAGGCUGUACAGACAGACUUGUCAUCACUCCACUUACUGAUAGAUGUUACAUCACACUAGCCCAGGCAUUGGGUAUGAGCAUGGGUGGAGCACCUGCUGGCCCUGCAGGGACAGGCAAAACAGAAACCACCAAGGAUAUGGGCAAAGCUCUAGGCAAAUAUGUAGUGGUCUUCAACUGCUCUGAUCAGAUGGACUACAGAGGUCUAGGAAGGAUUUACAAAGGGCUUGCUCAGUCGGGCAGCUGGGGAUGUUUUGAUGAGUUCAAUCGUAUUGAGCUUCCUGUGCUGUCUGUAGCUGCACAACAGAUUGCCAUUGUACUCACUGCCAAGAAAGAGAGAAAGAAGGAGUUUGUCUUCAUGGAUGGAGAUGUGGUAGACUUGAAUCCAGAGUUUGGUCUCUUCCUCACCAUGAACCCUGGCUACGCUGGUCGUCAGGAGCUGCCCGAGAACUUGAAGAUCCAGUUCAGAUCAGUGGCCAUGAUGGUACCUGACAGACAGAUCAUUAUGAGGGUCAAACUUGCCAGCUGUGGUUUCCAAGAGAAUGUCAUACUAGCCCAGAAGUUUUACACCCUCUAUAAGCUUUGUGAAGAACAACUUACAAAACAGGUUCACUAUGACUUUGGGCUGCGUAACAUUCUAUCAGUUCUGCGUACAUUGGGAGCCAACAAGAGAGCAAGACCGGAAGACAGUGAAUCUACCAUUGUCAUGAGGGUUCUCAGAGAUAUGAAUCUAUCAAAAUUGGUUGAUGAAGAUGAACCCCUGUUCUUGAGUUUGAUCAGUGAUCUGUUCCCUGGUAUCCAGCUAGACAGUGCUACCUAUGAGGAGCUACAAGCAGCUAUAUCUGUACAAGUUGAUGCAAUGACCCUAGUUAACCACCCUGCUUGGAACCUGAAAGUUGUGCAGCUCUUUGAGACCCAAAGGGUACGCCAUGGUAUGAUGACUCUCGGCCCCAGCGGUGCAGGCAAGACAUGCUGUAUCAACCUGCUGAUGAAAGCCAUGGGAGACUGUGGAGCACCUCACAGAGAGAUGAGAAUGAAUCCUAAAGCCAUCACAGCUCCUCAGAUGUUUGGUAGGUUGGAUGUAGCCACCAAUGAUUGGACAGAUGGUAUUUUCUCUACACUCUGGAGGAAGACUUUGAAAGCCAAGAAAGGUGAACACAUCUGGAUUGUGCUUGAUGGGCCUGUUGAUGCUAUCUGGAUUGAGAAUCUUAACAGUGUACUUGAUGACAACAAGACCCUGACCCUGGCCAAUGGCGAUCGUAUCCCAAUGUCACCCAACUGCAAGGUAGUCUUUGAAGUGCAUAACAUAGACAAUGCUUCACCGGCCACUGUAUCGAGGAAUGGGAUGGUAUACAUGAGCAGUUCCGCCCUGGACUGGAGACCAAUCCUGCAGAGCUGGUUGAACAAGCGCCAAGCAGGAGAGGCAUCCAUAUUACAUGACUUGUUCCACAAAUGCUUUGAUGAUAUCUACAAGUAUGCAACACUCAACCUCUUGCCCAAGAUGGAGACCUUGGAAUGUAACUAUAUCAAACAGGCUGUUGACUUGUUGGAAGGACUGAUCCCAGUGAAAGAUGAGCAUGACCACUCCACCAUGCCUGCAGCUCACCUGGAGAAACUCUUCAUCUUUGCUGUGAUGUGGAGUAUUGGUGCACUGCUGGAGCUGGAAGACAGAGCAAAGAUGCAGGACUUCAUGAUGAAACAUGAAAGCAAGUUGGAUCUUCCUCCCCUUCCUGAAGGAAGCGGGCACACCAUCUUUGAGUAUGUGGUGACGAGUAAUGGAACUUGGGAGCACUGGUCCAACCGAGUCCAGGAAUAUCUCUACCCAGAUGACUCUGUCCCUGAGUAUUCUUCCAUCCUCGUACCCAAUGUUGACAAUGUCUGCACAAACUUUCUCAUGAAUACAAUUGCCAAGCAGAACAAGGCUGUGCUCUUAAUAGGAGAACAAGGAACAGCCAAGACUGUCAUGAUCAAGGGUUACAUGUCCAAAUACAAUCCUGAUCAACACAUCAGUAAGAGCUUCAAUUUCUCAUCAGCAACUAUACCUAUGAUGUUCCAGCGUACCAUUGAAAGCUAUGUGGACAAGCGUAUGGGAAGUACCUAUGGACCCCCAGCAGGCAGAAAGAUGACUGUCUUUGUUGAUGACAUCAAUAUGCCCAUUAUCAAUGAAUGGGGUGAUCAGGUGACUAAUGAGAUUGUAAGGCAGAUGAUGGAGAUGCAUGGGAUGUACAGCUUGGAGAAGCCGGGUGACUUCACCAACAUUGUUGAUGUCCAAUUCAUCGGAGCUAUGAUCCAACCCGGUGGUGGCCGGAAUGACAUCCCUCAAAGGCUCAAGAGACAGUUCUCUAUCUUCAAUUGCACUCUUCCUUCAAAUGCUUCUAUUGACAAGAUCUUUGGGAUCAUUGGCUGUGGGUAUUUCUGUCCUACAAGAUUUGACGAGGAAGUCAUUGAGCUGAUCAAACAGCUCGUACCUGUCACUCGAAUUCUCUGGCAGCAAACCAAGGUGAAGAUGCUUCCUACUCCAGCAAAGUUUCACUAUAUCUUCAAUCUUCGUGAUCUGUCUCGUAUCUGGCAAGGAAUGCUACACAUUGCAAGGGAAGAGUGCUCAGACCAGGCUACUGUGCUUGCUCUAUGGAAGCAUGAAUGUACUAGAGUCAUUGCUGACAGAUUCACUACUCAAGUAGACAAAGAUUGGUUUGAGAAUGCUACAUCCAAAGUCUUACUAGAUCAGUUGGGCAAGAGCUAUGUAGACCAACUAGCCAAGGAACCCUACUUUGUUGACUUCCUUAGAGACCCACCUGAACCUACGGGAGAAGAGCCUGAUGAUGCCAGCUUGGAUGCUCCAAAGAUCACAGAACUUGUCCCUGACUUGGAGUUCCUCUCUGAGAAACUCCAGCAGUAUAUGUCGAUGUACAAUGAUUCAGUACGUGGAGCUCACAUGGAUCUAGUCUUCUUCAAGGAUGCUAUGACUCAUCUUGUUAAGAUCUCUCGGAUCAUACGAACUGAUAGAGGCAGUGCCUUACUAGUCGGAGUUGGAGGUUCUGGCAAGCAAAGUCUCACUAGGUUGGCUACCUUCAUAGCAGGAUACAAGAUAUUUCAAAUCACCUUAACAAGGUCAUACAAUGCUGGUAACCUGAUGGAUGAUCUUAAGUACCUGUACCGUGUAGCUGGAGCAGAGGGUCAUGGUAUCACGUUCAUCUUUACUGACAAUGAAAUCAAGGAUGAAGCUUUCUUAGAAUACCUCAACAAUGUCCUAUCAUCUGGAGAGGUGUCCAACUUGUUUGCUAAAGAUGAGCUGGAUGAGAUCACACAGGAAUUGAUCUCUGUCAUGAAGAAAGAAUUUCCCAGACGACCUCCAACCAACGACAACUUGUAUGACUACUUCAUAUCAAGAGCUUGCAAGAACCUCCAUAUUGUGCUUUGUUUCUCUCCAGUUGGAGAGAAAUUCCGUAACCGCUCCCUGAAGUUCCCUGGGCUCAUCUCGGGCUGUACAAUGGACUGGUUCACCCGCUGGCCCAAAGAUGCCUUGAUUGCAGUAUCUAACCACUUCUUAUCUCAGUUUGAGAUCAUCUGCCCUGCAGAAACCAAACUCCAAGUGGUACAGACCAUGGGGGAGGUGCACGAUGGAGUGGCCACUACUUGCAUAGAAUACUUUGAAAGGUAUCGCCGUCAAACCCACGUCACUCCCAAGUCUUACUUGUCCUUCUUGGAUGGCUAUAAGUCCAUAUACCUUGAGAAAUAUGCUGAGAUCUCAGAGUUAGCUCAGCGCAUGAACACCGGUUUAGACAAGCUUAUUGAGGCUAGUGAGUCUGUUGCAGAGCUAUCCGUUCAGCUGGUGGUCAAAGAGAAAGAACUGGAAAUUGCUUCCAAGAAGGCUGACAAGGUGUUAGCAGAAGUGACAGUGUCGGCCCAAGCAGCAGAGAAAGUAAAAGCAUCAGUGCAGAUUGUGAAAGACAGGGCCCAAGCCAUUGUGACUGAGAUUGAAGCAGACAAAUCAGUAGCCGAGGGCAAGCUGGAGGCAGCCAGACCUGCUCUAGAGGAAGCAGAGUCUGCUCUCAAUACCAUCAAACCUGCCCACAUCUCCACUGUGAGAAAGCUUGCCAAACCUCCACAUCUUAUCAUGCGUAUCAUGGAUGCAGCACUCUUGCUCUUUCAAAAGAGGCUUGAUCCAGCAUUCCCUGACCCAGAAAGACCUUGCCCUAAGCCAUCUUGGAGUGAAUCACUGAAGUUGAUGAGUGGUAGUGGAUUUUUGAAUGCCCUGCAAUCCUUUCCUAAGGAUUCCAUCACAGCAGAAACAGUGGAGCUACUUCAACCUUAUCUAGGCAUGGAAGACUACUCAUUUGAGAAUGCCAAGAAAGUGUGUGGAGAUGUUGCUGGUCUGUGCUCAUGGACGUGUGCAAUGGCAACAUUUUUUGGAAUCAACAGAGAAGUGUUGCCCUUGAAGGCCAAUCUUGCAGUCCAAGAGGCCAAAUUGAACGUUGCUUCCAGAGAAUUGGCCAAAGCUCAGGGUCAGCUGGAUGAAAAGCAGAGAGAACUAGAUGAAGUCCAGGCCAAGUUUGAUGCAGCUAUGAAAGAAAAGCAGGAUCUGUUGGAUGAUGCAGAGUCUUGUAGAAAAAAGAUGCAGGCAGCAUCAGCACUCAUCAAUGGUCUCGGGGGAGAAAAGAUUAGAUGGACUCAGCAGAGCAAGGAGUUCAAAUCUCAGAUCAAUAGGCUGGUUGGUGAUGUGCUGCUUGCUACUGGUUUCCUUUCUUACUCUGGUCCAUUCAACCAAGUCUUCCGUCUUAUGAUGAUGGAUGAAUGGUCUAAAGAGCUGUCAAGGAGACGCAUUCCUUUCUCACCCAACCUCAAUGUCACUAACAUGCUGGUGGAUGCUCCUACUAUUGGAGAAUGGAAUCUUCAAGGUCUUCCAAAUGAUGAGCUUUCCAUACAGAACGGUAUCAUUGUGACCAAAGCUACUAGAUACCCUCUGUUGAUUGAUCCACAAGGUCAAGGCAAAACAUGGAUCAAGAACAGGGAGAGUGAUAAUGGCCUCCAGGUGACAUCGCUGAACCACAAGUACUUUAGAACUCAUCUUGAAGAUUCCCUGUCCCUUGGGAGACCUCUUUACAUUGAAGAUGUUGGUGAAGAGUUGGAUCCUGCCCUUGAUAACGUCCUUGAGAAGAACUUUAUCAAGUCUGGCAGCACGUACAAGGUGAAAGUAGGAGAUAAAGAAUGUGAUGUGAUGAGUGGAUUCACACUCUACAUGACCACCAAGCUUGCUAACCCUACCUACACACCAGAGGUUUCAGCAAAGGCCUCUAUAAUUGACUUCACUGUUACCAUGAAAGGUCUUGAAGAUCAGCUGCUAGGACGGGUAAUCCUCACAGAGAAGCAGGAAUUAGAAGCAGAAAGAACUGCUCUGAUGGAGGAUGUGACGGCCAACAAGAGAAAGAUGAAGGAACUUGAAGAUAACCUGCUCUUUAGACUUACAAGUACACAGGGUUCCCUGGUUGAAGAUGAGUCCCUCAUCACUAUGCUUGCUUCUACUAAAGUAACAGCUGAAGAAGUGACAGAGAAACUUUUGGUAGCAGCAGAUACUGAAGUUAAGAUCAACGAGGCAAGAGAAGAGUUCAGACCAGUUGCUAAUCGGGGUAGUAUCCUGUAUUUCUUGAUCACUGAGAUGAGCAUGGUUAAUGUUAUGUAUCAGACAUCGCUCAAACAGUUCCUUGGAUUAUUUGAUCUCUCCAUGGCAAGAUCUGAGAAGUCGCCCAUUCCAGCUAAGCGCAUUGCAAACAUCAUUAGCCAGCUGACCUAUGAAGUGUUCAGGUAUUCCUGCAGGGGUCUCUAUGAAAAUCACAAGUUCCUCUUCACCCUCCUCCUCGCUCUCAAGAUUGAUCUUCAACUUGGCAAUGUCAAAGUCAAAGAAUUCCAAACUCUCAUCAAAGGUGGUGCUGCUCUGGACUUGAAAGCCUGUCCAUCUAAACCAUCAAAGUGGAUCACAGAUGUCACAUGGCUCAAUGUAGUAGAACUCAGCAAGCUACCUCAGUUCUCAGAAAUCCUCUCACAAAUCCAACGCAAUGAGAAAACGUGGAAGGUAUGGUUUGACAAAGAUGCCCCUGAAGAGGAAAUUAUACCUGAUGGUUAUAACAGUUCACUGGAUACAUUCAGGAGACUUCUCCUUAUCAGAUCUUGGUGUACAGAUCGUACCAUCCCCCAAGCUAGGAAGUACAUUGCUGAUUCUAUGGGAAGCAGGUAUGCUGACCCUGUCAUCCUUGAUAUGGAGAAGACAUGGGAAGAAAGUGACGUUCACACUCCUCUCAUCUGCUUCCUCUCCAUGGGAUCAGAUCCUACCAAUCAGAUUGAAGGACUUGGAAAGAAGCUCAGAGUCGCUUGUAGAGCUAUUUCCAUGGGACAGGGUCAAGAGGUACAUGCAAGGAGACUCAUACACCAAUCUCAAGCAGGGGGUGGCUGGGUAUUGCUUCAGAAUUGUCAUCUUGGUCUUGAGUUCAUGGAUGAGUUGCUGGAUACUGUUACUGGAUGUGAGAAUCCCCAUGAGAGCUUCAGGGUCUGGAUCACUACUGAAGUUCAUCCACAGUUUCCUAUCAGUUUACUUCAGUCUUCCAUCAAAUUCACCAAUGAGCCACCACAAGGAAUGAAAGCUGGUCUGAAGAGAACCUUCACAUCUAUCUCACAAGAUCAGCUGGAUGUCAUCAAUCUACCUCAUUGGAAACCAAUGCUUUAUGGUGUAGCCUUCCUUCAUACUUGUGUGCAGGAACGUCGUAAAUUUGGUCCUCUUGGUUGGAACAUCCCGUAUGAAUUCAACUCGGCUGAUCAGGCAGCUAGUGUACAGUUUGUACAGAAUCAUCUUGAUGACAUUGAUCCUAAGAAGGGUGUAUCAUGGAACACGGUGAGAUACAUGCUUGGUGAAGUACAGUAUGGUGGAAGGGUUACUGAUGACUACGAUAAGAGACUUCUCAACACAUUUGCAAAGGUGUGGUUUGGAGAUCAUAUGUUCCAGGACUCCUUCAAGUUCUACACAGGCUAUAUCAUUCCCAAGUGUAAGACAGUACAGGAAUACCUUGAUAUUAUUGAGACCCUGCCACUCACUGACUCUCCAGAGGUGUUUGGUCUCCAUCCCAAUGCUGACAUCACCUAUCAGAGUAACACAUCUAAAGAAGUAUUGGACACCAUCCUGAACAUCCAGCCCAAGGAUACCGGAGGAGGUAGUGGAGAGACCAGAGAGAGCAUCGUCUACAAACUAGCUCAAGAUAUGCUGGAGAAACUACCUGCUGGAUAUGUUCCACAUGAGGUUAAAGCUCGGUUGCAGAAGAUGGGAGCAUUGUCUUCUAUGAACAUCUUCCUUCGUCAAGAGAUAGAUCGCAUGCAGAGGGUUAUUAGUCUUGUACGUACCACACUAACUGACCUCAGGCUGGCAAUAGAGGGCACUAUCAUCAUGAGUGAGAACUUACGAGAUGCCCUGGAUAACAUGUAUGAUGCGCGUGUACCAGGGCUGUGGAGAAAAGUGUCAUGGGAGUCUUCUUCACUAGGAUUUUGGUUCACUGAACUUAUUGAGAGGAAUAGUCAGUUCUAUUCCUGGUGCUUUGAAGGGAGACCUAAUGUCUUCUGGAUGACUGGAUUCUUCAACCCUCAAGGUUUCCUGACAGCCAUGCGACAAGAAGUAACAAGGGCUCACAAGGGUUGGGCCUUAGACUCUGUUACAUUGCAUAAUGAUGUCACUAAAUCAUUCAAAGAAGAAAUUGGUGCACCUCCUACUGAGGGAGUCUACAUUCAUGGUCUGUACCUAGACGGAGCUGGUUGGGACCGACGUGGUGCUAAGCUGAUGGAACCAACCCCUAAGGUCCUCUUUACACUCCUUCCUGUGGUUCACAUGUUUGCUAUCAACUCCACCGCUCCAAAAGAUCCUCGCCUCUACCAGUGUCCAGUCUACAAGAAACCCUGUCGUACUGAUCUGACGUACAUCACCUUCAUUAUACUGCGGACCACUCCUUCACCAGAUCACUGGACUCUCAGGGGUGUGGCACUGCUCUGUGAUACCAAGUAGAUCUCGGUCGAUCUUGCCGACAGUCGCUGUAUUGGCUGUGGAAUGUUUGUCUACUGCUGCAUAAUAAUCACAUGUUACAUUCAGGAUUUUGUUUUUUUUUUCCUGAAAAUUAUUGAUUUGUUAGAACAACUUCUGAUGUGAAGAAAAAUGAAUUGAUUGAAUUUUCAUUGUGUUUGCAUUUAAUGCCAUAAAAUGGUGGCCACAAUAUUUACUGCCAUUAUA